AUGCCCAACUCGUCUCAGCUGUUCCACCCUGGCUCGCGCACGCCCUCGCCGCAGCUUGUGACGCGGGUCAAGGUCGAGGAGGAGGAGGACGACUGCGAACCGUCUACGGAAGAGGACGAGGAGCAGGCGGGCUCUCAGGCGGCCAAGAAGGAGGACACGACGGCUCUCACGCCACGCCAGCGGUCAGAGACGCCCGCUGCGCCCCCUCCUUUCCCUUACGCUCCUCCUGCCAACACAUCUCGCCGCAAGACAUUCGACCUCGUCCUCGAGAACGUUCCCGACGUCCACCCAUCCUACGUCGUCCAUCUCCUCAACCUUCCCGACUUUCACGCCGACGCAAACGACAUCGUGGCUGAAUUGUUGACGAACGAGUACCCGCUCGUCGGCGGAGGAUGGAAGCAGGGUGGACGGACGCCGCUUGCUGGCUUCACGAUGAGAUGGAGGGAGAGGCAGGUCGAUCAGCUCAAGCCGCCGACAACUCCGAGGAGGGCGCCCGUUCCCCAACCCGCACUCGUCUACCAGCCCGUUCUUGUCCCCGUCCGCCAACCUCCUUCUCCAACUCGCCAGUACAGCACACCCGGACCUAUCGACGCUUUCGACCUUGGCUACGGGUAUCAGAAGGCAGGGAACGGCAUCUUUGGCGGUGGAGGAUGGGGCGGAGCAGCGAGCGGGAGUAGCUGGAGCGGCGGGAAAGGGACGAAAGCGGACGACGCGAGGGCGAGGAGGCAGGAGGCUGGUGACGGCAGCGGUGGACGGGACGAGCCGGCAGAGGUCAAGAGGCAGAGGUUGAUGACGGCGGCUUUGAAGCGGGCGCACAGCGAGUCGCAGUCUCAGUCGCAGUCGCAAAAAUGA